CUGGAGGGGCGGGACCCAGGCCUUGGAGCUCCCAACCCCCUUGGAGGCGGGGCCUAGGGUUUGGAGUCCCUCCCCCUGGGCAGGGCCCAGGAGUCAUAGCUCGGGUUGGAGGCGGGGCAAACGUCCUGUGAUCGCACCGCCCCUUUACCUUUUGGUCUUUAGAAACCUAGCGGCUUUCCCAUACUUUGCCGGAAGUUCUCGCAACAUUUCCGGCGGAGUUUUUAAGAGCUGGCUUGAAAGCCGGGUUCCGAGUCCUCCCGAGAGUCUUGGGUUGCUUCGGCCCCGGGGUGCUGGUCGGCCGGGAUGCGGAGCGGGUUCCUGAGCGGUGCCCGGCGCCUGUGGGCCCUCCGCGCCUUCAGCCGCACUGCGCCGCCGCCCGAGGAGCUCUUCGCCCGCGAAGGGCCUCUCCGGGCCUUCCUGGAGCGCCGUGCGUGCUCGGAGGCCGGGAUUCUGGACGCCAGGGAGCCUCAGCUGGCGGCGGCGGCUCGGCUGCUCAGCGAGAAGGAGCGGGAGUUGCGGGACACCGAGUCCUUACUGCACGAUGAGAAUGAAGAGUUGAAGAAACUUGCAGAAAGUGAGAUAGCUCUGUGUCGAGAAGAAAUAACUCAGCUGAAGCAUCAGAUCAUCUCCCUUUUGGUUCCUCCAGAAGAAACAGACGAGAGUGACCUGAUCCUGGAGGUGACUGCAGGUGUGGGCGGCCAGGAAGCCAUGCUUUUCACCUCUGAGAUGUUUGCCAUGUACCAGCAGUAUGCGGCAUUUAAAAGAUGGCACUUUGAAACGCUGGAAUAUUUCUCAAGUGAACUAGCCUGCUUUUUUUAUACACCCAAGACCAUUCGCCCAGGGGUAGCACCACUCUGCCUCAUCAAGUGCCCCUCGCACGUCAGUCAUCAAUCAAGAGAAGAGCUCACAGACUUCCCUACAGGUGGCCUUAGGCAUGCGUCAGCCAGCAUUGGAGGCCUGGAAGCCUACAAGCACAUGAAAUUUGAAGGAGGGGUGCACAGAGUGCAGAGAGUGCCGAGGACAGAGAAGCAAGGCCGCAUCCACACCAGCACCAUGACAGUGGCGAUUCUGCCCCAGCCUGCUGAGAUUAAGCUGGUGAUUAAUCCUAAAGAUCUGAGAAUUGACACUAAGAGAGCCAGUGGAGCUGGAGGUCAGCACGUGAACACCACCGACAGCGCUGUUCGAAUUGUCCAUCUUCCCACAGGUGUUGUUUCUGAAUGCCAGCAAGAGAGAUCUCAGCUGAAGAACAGGGAGCUGGCUAUGAAAAAGUUACGUGCAAGGCUAUACAGCAUGCAUCUAGAGGAGGAAACUGCAAAAAGAUACAAUGCUAGAAAGAUCCAGGUUGGAACAAAAGGAAGAUCAGAGAAAAUAAGAACAUACAACUUUCCGCAGAACAGGGUCACAGACCACAGAAUAAAUAAAUCACUACAUGACCUUGAGAGCUUCAUGCAAGGAGACUAUCUUCUGGAUGGCAUGAUACAGUCACUGAAGGACUAUGCGGAUUACGAAUCUCUAGUAGAAAUAAUUUCCAGAAAAGACUAAGCUAUUGUAUAAAGCUAUUUUUUAUAUAGACUAGGAAAAUCCUAGAGCGAAUCCUUGUGUGCAAGUACUUAACCGGUAUUCUUGAGGAAUGUAAGUUAACAGUUUCUUGGACUCUACUCUAUAAAAAAUUAGACAUAAUACUAAGCAGAAAUAUCUAUGUUUUUACGAUAUAAAGAGACAGAAUCUGACAGUGAAAUUAACAAGCAAUAAAAGUCAGGUACAUUGGGACUGGGAGAGAAUGGCCUACAUGAAGUUCCUAGAGUAAAGACACCAUUACAAGGUGCUCCCGUCUACACCAGAGUCAGGUCUCUUGCAGGGCAUGGUGUAGCCCACUCAGUGGUGCAAAGGUUCCUGGACUGCCCUGCAGCUGGGAAUGUGGACCUUGCAAACAGAGUACCUCAAGCUCAUGGGGCGUGGUAAGCAGAAAACCUCUUGUUAAAAUGUGAACAAAAUUUCCUGAAUAAUAAGCCUGGUGGGCUCCUGUAUCAGUUUCCCAGAAAAACAGAACCGAUAGGAUGUAGGAUGUAUCUACAGAGAUGGACUGUAAGGAUGCCCACAUAGAGUACUCUGUGUCCAAGAUCUGCAGUGUGAAUCAGCUGGGAGGAGACCAAGAAGAGGCAAUGGUUCACUUCACUUCAGAGGAAGUUUGCUGGGGAAUGCUCUCUUGUUUGGAGGAGGCUGGGUUUUCUCUAUUCAGGCCUUCAGCCUGGCUGGGUAAACAUGCUACCAUACGGGCAAUGUAGAUUAACUGACAUUUCACUGAUUUCAAUGUCAGUGCCGUCCAAAACUUGAGAAGAUCUAAAGUAAUGUGUUACCAAAUACACUGGUAACAGCAAGCCAGAUCUGUGAAAUAGACCAUUAAGGUUUCUUUCCAAGAGUUUCCCUAGAGGCUGUACCAUGGAAGAGGAGAAAUGAAAAAUGUCCUGCCCUACUUACAGUGUUUCUCCACCACCUGCUGCCGACAAGCUUCACAUACUGACCACAAAGAAAGGCUGCUGUAGUUUGAAUGUGUCCCCUUCAAAACCCAGGUGUUGCCAGUGUGAUAUUAAGUAUGUCAGCUUCACAACUAAGGUUUUAAGCGUCCCUUCUGAAUAAGUUUAAAGUCUUAACUGUCAAACACCCAGAGUCACUGUCAUUAUUUUCAAUAAUGUUUUCAUACAUUUAGUGUCUGAAAUAAAUUGCAAACAAGACAUUUCACUCUCA